AUGGUUGUCAGGCAGAGUAGCCCCGUGGCUGAGAGUCGAACCCGGGUGUGUUCUAGCCCUGUUGAACCCUCUGGAAGCAGCACUACCCCAGGGUUCAGAUACACAGCCAGUCCUGGCGGCCCCAGAAUUCGCUACACCGGAGGGACCCAACCCAGCUCCUACCACCAGACAGGGAUGAGUAUACCACAUGGAGGCCGGGGCAGCAGUCUGGACCAGGAGGAGACAGAUGGGGAGAGAGGAGGAGAACACCAGAUGAUGAUUGGCUCUCUACCACUUCACCUGUCCCCUCACCUACUGGGAGGAAGGCUAAAGUGCUUUCUCUGUCCUGUGUGCAGUAAGUUUGUGGCGUCAGAUGUGAUGGAGAUCCAUCUGAUCAUGUGUCUCACCAAAUCACGACUCCGCUACAACGAGGAUGUUCUGGUGAAAGAUAGUGGGGAGUGUGCCAUCUGUCUAGACGAGAUGGAGCAGGGACACACCAUCUCUAGACUCCCCUGUCUCUGUACAUACCACAAAGGGUGUAUAGACGAGUGGUUUGAGGUGAAUCGUUCGUGUCCAGAGCACCCCUUGGACUAAGGGCUCAGAUUCCCACAGAAUAUCUGCUUCAUCCCCAUCGUCAUGACAUGCUGGCCUACGAAUCUACUUCAUCUAGAUCUGUGUCUGACCUGCUGGUCUGUGAAUCUACUUUACCUAUCAACGUCUGACCAGUGACACGAGCCUGUGAAGUUUAGCAGAGCUAGGAAUUGCCAGGAACCUCAUGAUACGAUAUUAUCACGAUACUUACGUUUCUUUUUUUAUACUUUUAGUCAUUUAGCACAGUGGUUCCCAGGGUGGGUGCGGGGGUCUCAGUCCAGCUUUAAACCUACUCUUGAAAGUUGUAAUAGUAGAAUGCACAAGGUGCAAUUUAGAAAUUGGGCAGUGCAUCAUCAGUCCUCUUGUCACGUUAGUCAUUGCAUACCUUAGAGAGCUAUUUAUAACUUGUCAGAAAUGUCCAGAAGAACUAGCCCAUGUCAGCUAACAAUUGUAUUUGCACCAUGACAAAAUGUGUAGAAUUGCAUGAAAUAAGCUUUAAACCUGCAAAAUUCUCUCCACCAACAAGAGGGGUGUGAAUCACCAAAAGUGAUUGUGCCCAUAGAAAUAGACGUAGCAUAUGUGCGCACAGGGGAGGCUUGGGAUAUUCCCCACUGCUGGAAGUGGGGCCCUGAGUGAAAAGGUUUGGGAACCCCUGAUUUAGCAGACAUUCUUAUCCAGAGUGACUUACAGUUACUGCAUUCAUCUUAAAAUAGCUAGGUGGGACAAUCACAUAUCACAGGCAUAGUGGGUACACGUGGAGGUUGGUGGGAGGAGCUAUAGGAGGAGGAUGGGCUCAUUGUAAUGGCUGAAAUGGAACAGUAUCAAACACGUCAAAAAUAUGGAAACCAUGUGUUUGACUCAUUUCCAUGAAUUCCAUUCCAGCCAUUACAAUGAGCCCAUCCACCUAUAGCUCCUCCCACCAGCCUCCACCGAUAAGUACAUUUUUCCCAAAGUCAAAGCUAGAUGGGGGUGGGGGAGGGAGUCGAGUGCAAGUGUUGGUUCAUAAACUACGUAGGUGCCAAUACGAUAUGUAUUGCGAUUCUAUAUGUAUUGUGAUUUUAAUUGCGAUUUGAUGUUCCAAACAUAUUGCUCACCAUAUGUCUGCUGCAGAGAGACGAGAGAGAGCAUGAAAACGAGUUUUGAUGUUCCAAACAUAUUCCUCACCAUAUGUCUGCUGCAGAGAGACGAGAGAGAGCAUGACAACGAGUUUUGAUGUUCCAAACAUAUUGCUCACCAUAUGUCUGCUGCAGAGAGACAAGAGAGAGCAUGAAAAUGAGUUUUGAUGUUCCAAACAUAUUGCUCACCAUAUGUCUGCUGCAGAGAGACGAGAGAGAGCAUGAAAACGAGUUUUGAUCAUUCGGUGAAAUAAGAGCUGAAAACAUGUUGGCUCAGUAUUUAAAAAGAAGACCGAGAACAAGCUAUAGGAUGAAAAAUGUGAGUUCUGGUGCAGGUACAGCUGACUAGUACUAGCAAUUAGUAUUAUUAUUUGUAAAUCUUUUAUUUUUUACAAAUCAAAGCUUGGAGUCAAAUAUUGAUAAUAUCGUCCAAAAUAUCACAAUGUGUAACUGUAUACAUUUUCCCCACACCACUACUGGUUUGCCUCACUCACUUGCUAAAAGACUAAACGGGAUAACCUGAAUAUACACUUAAACGCACAUUUAGAGACCAUUAUGGGUUAUGGGUCUUCUGAGAGUGUUGGUGGACUGCUAAAAGAGCAGAGUUCUGGUGCCCGACUGCAGUCGAUGACGUGGCACGCAACCAUUGGUUGAAGAAUGCAAUGUCUGAGCAGGGUAGCACGACCAUCACCUCCAGUGAUCUAAUCCUCUCAGAUUUCAGUGAGUAGGGUGGAAUUUGGGAUGGGGGGGGGCAUACAUUCAUUGAUUCAUAUUACUGUAUGACAAUGUAAUGAGUUUGUUGAUCAUCAGCUGUACUGCUGCGGAGUGAGGGAAUUUAGACAAUUGUAAGCGCUGUGACUGAAACAUGCUGCUAAUUUUGAGUCUCAAUUACACACAUUUAUGUCAAUUAUGAAAUCA